CAGAACCAGCUCAUCUCUUUUUACAACCACAUUUCUCCUUCCUCCCGCCUCUCGACCACCAUGGCAUCCAAUGAUCCCAAGGCCAAGGUGAUCCUUCAGAGCAUCGCGACGGAGAAGCGCAACAUCGAAGGUGCCCGAGCCGUCAUCCGAGCAUUCGAAGCCUCAUCAAAAAAUGAAACUGUAAUACAGCAGGCUCAGAAUGAAAUACGCACAGCGACGAUGUCCAUCAAGUUCCUUGAAGAUGAGUUGGCAAAGCUGCAGGUGGGCGGAUCAGGAGGUGCAUCUGGGACUCCAGGGAGGGGUGAGCCAUCUGGCGGGACGGGGGCAGGAGUUCCCGGAAAGCAAGGGCCGCAGGGAGUAGUCGCGUCUAGUCCAGGCGGAAGGGGGAUGGCUGGAGAUCGGGAAAGGCCCUUGCCCCCUCCACCACCUGGAGCUGAGCAAGACAGCGCCAAGAAGCCUGAAACGAAAAAUUAUUCUCAAUUAGAUUUGUUACGAUAUGACGCACCAUUGACCGGAGCUAAAAUUACUCGAAUGUUAAAUCAACUUCAGUUCAAAUUGCAAGUUGAAGAACAAUACAAGACGGGUAUCGAGAAGAUGGCACAAGCAUACCGGGCUGAGGGUGAUAAGAGAUUGAAGAGCGAGACGGACGCUAAAAAGUCUGAAAGCGAGGGGAAGAUACAACUGUUGAGAAAGGCGAAGAAGAGGUAUGAAUCGCUGGCCAAAUUCGGUGGAGCUGUGGAAGACGACGAAGACUUAAUGUCUGAUGGAAAACGCAAGGAGGCUCUUCGUAAACCCAUCUCCGGCAAAUUGGUAAUCUCUCUUCGCUCUGCUCGUGAUCUUAACCAUCGCGCCCUUCCCCGUCGUUCUUCGAAAACCUACUCGGAAACCACAGUCGUCAUCAAGGUCGAAGGUAACGAACGUGCUGUCUCUCAUCCUUCACGAAACGACAAGUGGCACGAGGACUUCCAUAUUCCGGUGGAAAAAGCCAAUGAGGUAGAAAUUACUAUUUAUGAUACGGUUGCCCCCGGUGAUUCAGCCCCCAUUGGGAUGCUCUGGUUGCGAGUGAGCGAUCUUGUAGAGGCAUUGCGAAGACAAAAAGUCGGGAUUGAAGGUCAGGGUGCUGGCUGGGUGACUGCUGCGACUGCUGCGACGAUGGGCCCGAGGAGCAGCGGCAAUGCGCCAGACUCGGUUACGUUGCACAGUGCUGGAACUUUGAGAGGCAAGCCGGACGCAGAAGGCAAAGGGCCUGACGGGAUCGACGGUUGGUGGUCUGUUGAACCCGCCGGUGCGAUAUCAUUGAGAAUGGAUUUUGUAAAGGAUACGGUGGCUGGUGCGCGUCGUCCUUACGAAGCUCUUGGUCGACAAGGUGCUGUUCGUAUGCGAAAGGGCGAUGUCUACGAGAUGAACGGUCACAAAUUCGUACAACGCCAGUUCUACCAGCCCAUCAUGUGUGCCCUGUGCCAGGAGUUCUUGCUCACUGGUGAAGGAUAUCAAUGCGAGGAUUGUAGGUAUGCCUGCCACAAGAAGUGUUAUCCGAAGGUUGUGACGAAGUGUAUCAGCAAGUCGAACGCAGAUGGCGAGGGAGACGAGGAAAAAAUCAACCAUAGAAUCCCUCACAGAUUCACUCCGUACACCAAUAUGUCUGCCAACUGGUGCUGUCACUGUGGAUACAUGCUUCCCUUCGGUCGUAAGAAUGCUGUCAAGUGUUCUGAGUGUGCCCUUACUUGUCACCAAACGUGUUCACAUCUUGUUCCAGAUUUCUGUGGUAUGACUAUGGAGAUGGCCAAUUUACUGCUCAAGAAUCUUCGUGACAUCAAGACCACUCAGCACCGCAAGCCUGUUCCUUCAACAUCCACCUCAUCCAGUGUGUCUACUCUUCCCUCUUAUCAUUCUCAAGAGUCUCGUUCUCAUCCAGUGCAAUCUGCUGCGCCACAACAACCGGCCCCGUCAUCUCGUCCACCUGCUGGUGCUUUGCCCUCAACAGACCAAAGGCCAAUUCAGCCACAAGUUCAAAACCAGCAAACUGGUGCUUAUGAUAAUCUCCGUCCUGCUGGUGGCAGAGCAAUGCCCCAGUUGCCACCUGUCGCAGUGCCAAGCAACAAAAUUAGCUUUGAAGGCGACAGACUGCAAGAGCCUCAUGGUCAAAUUCCUCCGGUUAUGCCUGCGGCUCAGCCCCAACCACAAACUCUCCCACCUAGUGCUCAAUCUGUUCAAUCCCCUGUCAAACCUCAAUAUGUUCCUCAACCCGCUGUCCAGCAACAAGUGGCCCAGAGAUUGCCUCCUCAGCAGCCGCUCAUGGCUAGAAAGAGGAAGGUUGGACUGGAUGAUUUCAACUUUUUAGCAGUGUUGGGCAAGGGCAAUUUUGGAAAGGUCAUGCUUGCUGAGGAAAAGACUUCGAGCAAUUUGUACGCCAUCAAGGUCUUGAAGAAAGAAUUUAUUAUUGAGAACGACGAGGUUGAGAGUACUCAAUCUGAGAAACGAGUGUUUUUGGCUGCUGCGCAGGAACGUCAUCCCUUCCUUCUCGGUCUCCACUCUUGUUUCCAAACGGAGACUCGUGUUUAUUUCGUCAUGGAGUACAUCUCUGGCGGUGAUCUCAUGCUUCAUAUCCAGAAAAAACAGUUCACUCUCCGUCAAGCCAAGUUUUACGCGUGUGAAGUUCUGCUUGCAUUGCAGUACUUCCAUUCGAAAGGCAUUAUCUACCGAGAUUUGAAGCUGGAUAAUAUUUUGUUGACAUUGGAUGGUCAUGUGAAGGUGGCAGACUAUGGCUUAUGUAAAGAGGAGAUGUGGUUUGGUAAGACGACGAGCACCUUCUGUGGUACCCCUGAAUUUAUGGCACCCGAGAUUCUUCUUGAACAACGUUAUGGCCGUGCGGUGGAUUGGUGGGCUUUCGGUGUGUUGACAUAUGAGAUGUUGCUGGGACAGUCUCCUUUCCGAGGCGAAGAUGAAGAUGAGAUCUUUGACGCUAUUUUGGAGGAUGAGCCUUUAUACCCCAUUACUAUGCCUCGGGAUGCUGUGUCUCUUCUUCAGCGGCUUCUUACCCGUGAUCCUACGCGGCGACUUGGUGCUGGCGAAGGGGACGCUGAAGAAAUCAAGCAACACUUAUUCUUCCGCGACGUCAACUUUGACGAUGUCUAUCAUAAAAGAAUCCCACCACCAUACUUCCCGGUGAUCGGUAAUGCUACUGACACUAGCAAUUUUGACCAGGAGUUUACAAGGGAGCAGCCCACAUUGACUCCGGUCCAUACGCAAUUGAGCGAGGCGGAUCAAAAGGAGUUUGCUGGCUUCUCUUGGAUUGCUCCUUGGGCUGCAGCACAGACCUAGACAGUAACAUAUGGGAGUGGCUUUGGUCUGAAGACGAUAGAAAGAUAUUAAAUACAGCUUGCCUUUCUCCGAAGUUGGAAAGCAUAAUACAGUUAGCAUUGUGUGUAUAAGUUGUGACGAUUCAUGAAUAUACAAUAUCGAGUGGAAGUCGGAGGUGCCGAUGAUGUGGAGUAGAUAUUGUGGAGUACUAUUGUAAUUUAAUCUUGAUAAAUGGUGUUGAAUUAUGCACGCACUACCCU